GAAAGAAAAUCAAGUCUCACCCAUUAUCCAAUUCUCUCAUAAAUCGAAAUUUGCAGUUCAAGUUUCUCUCUUUCCUUCAUUUGUUUUUGUUAACACUUUAAGAGUAAGAACAAGUUUCAGUCUUUGAAUCAAGAAAAUGCCCGAGGUUGAAGACGCGGCGAGCUCCAGUGGAGCAAGCGAGUUGUCGGAAAUCUCAUCGGAGAUAACCCUGUUCGGAAAAUACGAGAUCGGGAAGCUGCUUGGAUGUGGUGCAUUCGCAAAAGUUUACCACGCGCGCAACGUCGACACCGGGCAGAGCGUGGCGAUCAAGGUCGUCAGCAAGAAGAAAGUUUACAAAGGCGGGUUCAUGGCGCAGGUUAAGAGGGAGAUAGCUAUCAUGCGCAGGUUGCGCCACCCGAACAUCGUCAAACUCAUAGAGGUGUUGGCUACCAAGGCCAAGAUUUAUUUCGUCAUGGAAUUCGCCAAAGGCGGGGAGUUGUUCACGAGGGUUUCGAGGGGUCGUUUCAGCGAAGAUCUCAGUCGUCGGUAUUUCCAGCAGUUGAUCUCCGCCGUCAGGUUCUGCCACUCGAGAGGCGUUUACCACCGCGAUUUGAAACCGGAGAAUCUCCUCCUCGACGAGAAUUGGAACUUGAAAAUUACGGAUUUCGGACUCAGCGCGUUCACGGAUCAGAUCCGACCCGACGGCCUCCUCCAUACUUUAUGCGGUACACCAGCGUACGUGGCGCCGGAGAUUCUGGCGAAGAAAGGAUACGACGGCGCCAAAAUCGACGUAUGGUCAUGCGGCAUCGUUUUGUAUGUUCUCCACGCCGGAUAUCUACCGUUCAACGAGCCCAAUCUGAUGGCGAUGUACCGUCGUAUUUAUAAAGGCGAAUUCCGGUUCCCGAAAUGGACGUCUCCUGAUCUCCGACGAUUUAUAUGCCGGCUUUUGGACAUUAAUCCUGAAACAAGGAUCACCGUCGACGAAAUCAUCAACGAUCCUUGGUUCAAGAAAGGUUACAAAGAGACUAAAUUCCACGCCGAGGAUUUCGAAUUGAAAGGAGAUAGUACCCAGAGCGCCACCAACUGCUUAAACGCCUUCCAUUUAAUCUCAUUCUCGACCGGUUUCGACCUCUCCGGUUUGUUCAAAGAGUUCGACUUCUCCGUACGAAGAGAGCAGUUUGUGUCGGAGGAGAAACCGGAGAGGAUAAUAUUGAGAAUCGAAGAAGAGUUCCGGAGAAUCGAGAACGUGAAGGUUAGGAAAAGGAAAGAGAGAGGGGUGUAUUUGGAAGGGCAAGAUAGUAAUUUUAUCCUCAUCGUGAAUGUUCAUCAGUUGACGGAAAAUUUAGUGGUGGUGGAGAUACGGCGGCGGGAGGUCAACCUUGGUCCGAGCGGUGAUCUUUGGGAAGAUAAGCUCAGACCGAAACUUUUCGAUAUCAUAUAUGAACCGGAAACGGUGAAUGUUUCAUAACCAUUAAUAGAGUACUAUUAUUCUAA